UCAAGGCGUUAAAGAAAGCUCAUCUAAAUAAAGGAGGGUUAACGUGACAUUGCAGUUACUUAAUCCUGUAUUGUCCUGCCAUGUGACUGCAGGGAUACUGAGGCGCAGCAUUUCUUUUGCAUGGUGCACAGAUUAUGCUUUUCCUGUCAUCUUCCAGAAUCAGUUGCUUUGUUGAACACAUCAUGGGAAAGAACAGAGGGACAGCGUACUUUUUGCAGCAAGGCUUCCACACACAGUGACAUUUCCAAGGGUCCAUAAUGUGCAGGAUUGCAUAUUCAUACAGAAUUACUUCAUUUAAACUUAUCAGGACUUCUUGUUAAAUGGGGAAGUGAUUACCCUAUAGACUAUGACAACAGGGUAUGUGAAUGAAGGAAGUCUUGGAAAAUACCGCUGUUCCAGGUGGGAUCACGAGGACAGCAGAGAAGAUGAUGGGCAGCUGGAGUGCCAUGAAGGAGAUGAAGAGGGCAAACAGCCCAGGCUGACCCCAUUUGAGAAACUAAUGCAGGAUAUGUCUCAUAAUGAAAAAGUGGUGAAAGAAUUAACGCUGGGAAAGAGAAUUGCCUUCUAUCGAGUCAGAGGAGAAAUAGGAAGUGGGAAUUUCUCACAAGUGAAGCUUGGAAUUCAUUCCCUCACCAAAGAGAAAGUUGCAAUUAAGAUUUUGGACAAGACAAAGCUAGACCGGAAGACUCAACGUUUGCUGUCUCGUGAGAUAUCCAGCAUGGAAAAGCUGCACCACCCAAAUAUCAUCAGGCUGUAUGAAGUGGUGGAGACACUCUCAAAACUGCACCUGGUGAUGGAGUACGCAGGAGGUGGGGAGCUCUUCACUAAAAUCAGUACAGAAGGAAAGCUGCUAGAAACAGAGUGUAAAAUAAUCUUCUCCCAGAUUGUGUCUGCUGUGAAGCACAUGCAUGACAAUAAUAUCAUUCACCGGGACCUGAAAGCAGAAAAUGUCUUCUACGCCAGUAACACCUGUGUUAAGGUGGGAGACUUUGGAUUCAGCACAAUAAGUAAAAGAGAUGAAACUUUAAAAACUUUUUGUGGCUCUCCUCCUUACGCUGCUCCUGAACUCUUCAGAGAUGAAAACUAUGUUGGCAUCUAUGUAGACAUCUGGGCACUGGGAAUCCUCUUAUACUUCAUGAUGACAGGUAGCAUGCCAUUCCGGGCAGAUACAGUAGGCAAACUGAAAAAGUGCAUUCUUGAAGGGACAUACACUUUGCCUCCCUGCCUCUCAGAAAAUUGCCAGAAACUGAUAAGAGGAGUCCUUCAGCCAGUACCAACGAAGAGAUACUCUGUCAAACUGAUUAUGAACAGUGAAUGGAUGCAAGGAAUACAGUUCCCCAAACCUUUACAGACAUUUAAACUGGAUCCAAAAUAUUUAUCAGACAUCAGUACACUAAAAGAAGAAGAAAUUGAAGUGAAAAAUAUUCUGGAAGAUCUGGGAAUCACAGAACAGCACAUUCAGAACAACCGGGGAAGAGAUGCACGCAGCUCCAUAACAGGGGUCUACAGAAUUGUGUUGCACAGAGUACAGAAGAAAAGGGCACUCGAAUCUGUUCCUAUCAUGUCCCAGCCAGAUCCAAAAGAAGACGACUCCAGGAACGGAAUCGCUUCUUACAGUGGCAUUAAACACACAUCCAAGCUGUGUUCUAUUUUAUAAAAUUGCACUGUAGGCUUUAUGCUCAGCACAUUUGACAAAGGGGAUUAUUCACUUAUCCUUAAGCUGCAGUGUUACAUUUUUUUGUAAUUUUUGAAUAAACCA